ACCAGACUUCACGCCAAAUGGCCAUUCUCUACUGCCGUAGAUGACGUGUGCCCCGGUGGUUCAGUCUCUGCUGAAUUACUUAUUUUCGUCCACAUUUUUGUAAAUUUAAUUUUUCCAACCGGAAUAAGUGGAAGAUAAUAACAGUAAAUAAAUAGUUUAGGAGUCAGUGAUUAUCGAGGAAUGAUGAUUGAGUACGUUGGGUUGUUGGCACUUGUUCUAGUACAGUGUGCAUCUGGACUGUAUUUUCACAUCGGUGAAACUGAACGAAAGUGUUUCAUCGAGGAAAUUCCAGAUGAAACCACGGUUUUAGUGAAUUACAAGGUCGAGCUUUUCGACCCCAGGAGUGGUGGAUUUAUGCCGAGCAGCCCAGGCAUAGGCAUGCAUGUUGAGGUUCGAGAUCCUGAUGACAAGACUAUUCUGUCCAGAGUUUAUAGCUCGGAGGGAAAAAUUUCAUUCACCUCGCACACCCCUGGGGAACAUGUGAUCUGUCUGUACUCCAAUAGCACUGCCUGGUUCAGUGGAACGCAAUUGAGAGUACAUUUGGAUAUCCAAGUGGGUGAUCACACAAUCGACUACGCAAACCUGGCGCAGAAGGAGAAAUUAUCAAAACUCCAGCUGAGAAUUCGUCAGCUGUUGGAUCAAGUCGAGCAAAUUACUAAAGAGCAGAAUUACCAGAGGUAUCGAGAGGAGCGCUUCAGACAGACAUCAGAGAGCACAAAUCGCCGAGUAUUAUGGUGGUCAGUGACACAAACUGUAAUUCUUCUAGCCAUGGGCACCUGGCAGAUGAGGCACUUGAAGAGCUUCUUCGAGGCAAAGAAACUCGUGUGAGACGGAUGUGUCCACCAGUCAUAAUUUCGUCAUUAAAAAAUUUUCCAGUGGAAUGUUGAAACGUGAUGAGCCAAACUCAAAAUGUUCAUCAAUGACUCUUUGAUCUCGAGAAUAAUUAAGGACAAAACUAUCACGAAACCUUCCGAUUGUGACUCGAGACAUUUCCAACAAAAAAAAUAUCUCAAAUUGUUCAGAAAGCAAAAAAUCCCUUCUAUCAAGUUUCACCAAUUCACAACUGAAUUAAAAUAAGCAGCUUCUGCCUUUUCAGAAGUAUUAUCCUCAUUGUGUACAGAAUUUUUUUCAAUAAUAAAAAGAGCACUUGUUUGUAAGAAAUUCAGCUAUCAUGUGUAAGAUUUUCUUCGUGAAUAGAAAUAAAUAUUUAAUUACGAAUUC